AUGGUAAAUUACUACAAUGCAGGCGAAAAAAUUGCUAUAACUCUAAUUAAUGAUCAAAAAAGGUCUAGUGUAAAUUUUACGCCUUUUAUAAGAAACGUAACUUCUAAUAGAGGAGCUUGUUUAGAAGUAUAUGAUGAUAUUCAACGUGGCAUUAAUGAGAAAAUUGCUGAAUUAGAUAAACCAAUGGAUAGAAGUUUAUUCACCCAGAAAUGUGAAGAAAUAAAUAAGUAUUUAGAUCAUCAAAAGAAUAUUUAUGGUGUAUGUUAUGAAGUUCGUUUCAAAAGCACAUAUUCGUAUAUUGCGGAGGAUGUAGAAAAAUUAUUAUUAGAGUCUAAUAAAUAUUCUGAAUGUCCUAAGCAGUGGACAUCAGAGCCAGACAAAAUCACUAAAUUGGAAAUUAAAAAAGACGAACCGUGCGAUGGGGAUGGAAAACAUGGGAUUGAAACAACUGAAACGGAAGAACAAAGAAUAUCGAAACCCAACUGUGAAAAUGAAUCCUGCGUACCAAAAAUUUAG